GCCGCCCGCCCGUGCCGCUUGUCCCGCGACAUCCGCAAACAAACAUACCACUACGUGAUAACGGACUGUACUAGUAUUACCGCAUACGUAUUUGCGUUUUUUUUGUCGGUCGCAAUCAGACAGUGAUAAUUUUUUUUAUAAAGAAAUAUAUUUUUUUAUUUUGAGAAAAUGCUUAUUUUUGCUUUUGCUGUUUUCUUAUGAGACACUAAUAAGUUUUUAAUAAGCCGCGCUUCAAAAAUAUUUACUAUUACAAUUAAUUAGUGUUUUUUUUAAGUUUGAUUUCUCCGUAUUCUACAAACAAUGCAUCUGUGUCGGGAACAAUGUACAUUACUGCAAUAGUGCGAUGGAUACAGCGAUCCGGUUAGACAGUCUACCGUCCGCUUGAGUUUGAUGGAUGUGGAGGGCUCCGAGGUGUGGCGCGCAGCCAGGAUGCUGGCGGAGGAGAGCAAGUCGCGAGCCACGGACUUCUCCAUCGCCGCCAUCAUGGCUCGCGGCGCCGCCGAGCCGCGCAGCCCCGGCGCGCGCUCCGAGCCGCACCAAGGCUCAAUAUCCCGGCAGAGCUCCCCAGCGUCCCUCAGCUCGGCGUCCAGCUGCCGGUCGCCGCCGCCGGAGGAGGACGUGGAGGUAGACGUGGAGCAGUGCUCCGACGGCGAGGGGGACGCCUCGGACCGCGCCGCCGCCUCGCCAGCGCCUUCCUCAGAGCUGGAGCGCGAGACCCCGUCCCCCGCGCGGCCGCCGCCCCCCGCCACCUCCUGCAACUGCGAGGAGCUGCUGGCCGUGGACUGCCAGCUCGAGACCAAGGAGCUGUGGGACAAGUUCCACGACCUGGGCACCGAGAUGAUCAUCACCAAGACUGGCAGGCGGAUGUUCCCGACGGUGCGCGUGUCGUUCGUGGGGCUGGCGGGCGGCGCGCGCUACGCCGUGCUGCUGGACGUGGUGCCGGUGGACGGCAAGCGCUACCGGUACGCGUACCACCGCUCCUCGUGGCUCGUGGCCGGCAAGGCGGACCCGCCCGCCCCCGCGCGCCUCUACCCGCACCCCGACUCGCCCUUCUCCGCCGACCAGCUGCGCAAGCAGGUCGUCUCCUUCGAGAAGGUCAAGCUCACCAACAACGAGAUGGACAAAAACGGACAGAUCGUGCUGAACUCGAUGCACCGGUACCAGCCGCGGAUCCACCUGGUGAAGGUCCGGGAAGGCUCCGGGCCCAUCACCGACCUGGCGCAGGAGCAGCAUCGGACUUUCGUGUUCCCGGAGACGGUGUUCACCGCCGUCACCGCCUACCAGAACCAACUCAUCACCAAGCUGAAGAUCGACUCCAAUCCCUUCGCGAAGGGCUUUCGGGAUUCCUCGCGGCUAACUGACUUUGAUAGAGAUCCGAUGGAGCUGAUGCUGAUGGAGCAGCAGCUGCUGCGGUCCCCGCUGCGGCUGUACGCGGGGGGCGGGGGCGGGGGCGGCGAGGAGGAGGCGGAGAAGCGCGCUGCGUGGGCGCGCUCGGCCCCCGCGCUGCAGCUGCUGGCGCUGGGCGGGCGCGCGUGGCCCUCCUGGCCGCAGCCCCUGGCCCUGCCGCCCGAGCUCUGGCUGCAGAAACCCUCGGCCCCGCUGCGCUACUGCCCGUACCCACCCCCCGCGCACCCCGCCGCGCCCCCGCAGCGCCCCGACCACGCGCCCUCGCCACGGCAUCCACACUGAACUGAUGCUGCAGUACUUCUCUACCACAAUUUGAUGCAAUUAAAAGCAGCUGUGAGCUAAAGUGCUGUGACUUUGUGCGUGUACAGGAGACCGCACGGACUACUCAUUAUGAAUUUACAGUUUACAUACAGUAAAAAUUAUAUACAAGUACGAGCUACUUACUUAUCCCAGCCAUAGUGACUUUAACUUGUAGUUUCAAAGGCAAGGGUGAUUCUUAAAAGUAAUUUAGUAUUCAUGGUUCCUAACCGAAAUAAAUAAAAAUACUAUCGAUAAUAAGAUGAUAAAAUUAUAAGUAUCAUGCACUGUAAAAUAUAGAAUGUAUAAUGUAAUAAUUUUAAUGUAAGUAAUAUUUUAAUCCAAGGGCAAGAUUAUGAUUCAAAAAUAAUUCACCAAAGAAUUUGUACGUAGAAUUUUAUGUGCUUUCAAGUACAUAGUAAAGAGUUAUAUGGAUUUUGGGCAACUAUCUUCGUUGUACCUACUAUUUAUUGUAUUAAUUGUACUUAAGGAUAAGUUAAAUGUAUGUACAUUACCUUAAUUUGUUGCCAAUACAUAACUUAUUACAUUCCUUUUUAUUGUACGUAUGUAAAUAAGUAUCUCUAUGCUCAAAGAAAUCCAUUGCAAAUUGCUAUGAAAAACAGGGUAUACAUGAUAUGCUCCUGAAAAAUUAACACACACCAUCUAAUGUUAAAACCGAUCUACUAUUCAAACUUAACAGUUGACAAUUGUAAAUUUGAUCAGACAAUUAAAGAUCAUUAUAAUAAUUAUGAUUCUAACUUCAAUACAAGCAUGUCAUUCACCCCUAAACUAGUAACUUUUGUUAUUUCUGGUCCAUAACAUUUUUUACCAAAA